AUGACAUCCCCGGUGAGUGAAGCAACAGAGCCGCCUUGAUAUAUGAACGGCAUCGCAGAACGCCCCCGGCCCUUGACUGCACCACCCGGGUACUGCAGAGCUGGUGCUCACGUGCCGCGCUCGGGCUCUCCGAAGCUUGCACUGACCGUCUGACGCGCCCUCGUGACUCAUACUCCGACACCGACAGGUGAACGCCUCGGGACUAGAGUCGUUUGAUCACAACCACAUUUGGUCCAGGGUGAGUUGGAAAGGAGUGUUUUGGUCAUUGGCUCGAUCGAAGUGCGAAGUGCGUGCAUUGCAUCACUGCAUGGCCAUGGGGCGGCGGCCCCGGGCUGGGCUGGGCUGGGCUUCUCCUUUCUGGCGUCGCUGGCCGGGCGCGUCCCGCCCGUGUGCCCGCGUGGAGUCUCCGGCAGCGGGCCCGCCGGCGCUCAGCCCUCAGAUCCUCAGAGCUCAGCCUCAGCGCCGCACAGCCAGCAGAUGACCGGGUGCCAGAGAGCAGCAGCAGCGAGCUGACUCCUUGAACGGGUUCCCCACUCUUGCCGUCCUCGCGCGCUCUCCGUCUCCAACCUCACUCCGACACCAAACCCCCGAACCUGUCGCUCGAUUUUGGUGUCGACACCGGAACCUUUCGUGUUCUUCGUAGGUCCCCAACGAGUCGACGCGGGCGUCUCCACGGCCGCCAGCGACGACCAAACGGGAGCCAAGUUCGUCCCCGGUUCGACCCCACGACGCGAGCGAUCGUUCACCCCGCUCUUCCGUCUCGUCGUUCACGACCGCGACCUCCUCCAACGUCUCGCCCUCCCACCCACCUCAGGCGACUCUACCUUUCUAUUUUCAAUCGCACCACAUCCAUACCUUUGACGGCUUCACGACCACCUGGUCCUCGGCAGCGACCAAGCCGUCUUCCCUGACCAUUGCUGGCUCACCGCCUAACUCAUUGGGCCUGACCGCUCUGCCUACAUCUGCCAUCUCGUGGGCGCCUUCUUCAGCCGUUCUCGGCCAUCGCAAACCGGGCACCGCGAGUGAUCACGACCACGAACGAGACGAGGGCAGUGACCGACGCCCCACUAGUCUCAGUACUUACGACGACGAUCCAGGCGUCCCGACGGCAGGUCAGUUUUACACGUAUCGAGGGAGUCACUUUGCGUGGAUGCGAGCUUGCAAGACUGACUCAAGUACUUCGGCGAAUACAGCACUCUUGUCGCCUCCUAUCGGAUCGGAACCCGAAAGCGAGCACACCCAAGCCGCGCUCGCCGAGAUCUUUGGCGGCCACGUUCGACCACACUAUCGACCGAUCUAUCCGUUUCUUGACUCCCGAGCGCCGCUUUCCUCAUCACUUGCAUCACCUCCGAGGAGUUAUUUUUCUCCGCCUUCCUUGCCGUCUCCAGCCCAUCCGCCAGGCCAGUCGUGUUCAUCUUCGUCCGCCAAACCUCGCUCGCGAUCCUAUUCCUCUGCUUCCGCCCUCUCCGACAUAGCAGCUGUACCCAAAGCUUUGGCUGCGCUGGACGGCUCCUUUCCGGAGAUGAACCACUCGACGAAUGAUGCCUAUGGAUUCCAGUCGUCAGGGUCGCACUUCCCGACCUCGCUGCCCGUCAAUCCUAUACGAAUCGGCCAAACUUCGCCGAGCCUGACGUCGUCCAGCGGCGGGCAUGAUGCCGACGAGCCAGCCCCGUCCCGGCCUGCUUUAGGAGCAUUCGCCGGUGCGAACUCGUUCUCGGGGGGCAUCGGACUCGGUCGUGGUGCCCAAACGGGCUGGCGCAGCUCUUCGGCGACUCGGGCCUCGUCCUUUGGCUGGGAGGAUGCCGACCGGAAAGGGCGGUCGAGACUGCGCGCCGAGAGCGAAGGACCCUGGGCAAGCGAGGAUACGACGAGUGGAAUCGGCUUGAGUAACAUGUCACCCUUUUCUCGCGAUGGGAGUCGGCUGCUCUUUGAGCCUCCGGGCGAAACGAGGGGAUUCGGCACAGGAGCGGGGACAUACAAAGCACGCAGGGACCACUCGCUCGGCGCCGUCGGAAGCGGACGAAUGAGAGGUGAUCUGGUCUGGGGUCGCUCCGAGCGCACCCUGAACGAAGCCGAGAACGAAGACGACGACUCGUUCGUCCCUCCGACCAAGUCCGGUGCGACCUCGCGACGACAUUCCUUCGCCACGUUCAACCCGUCAAGUCGCUCGCAGAUCGGCUUCCACCUCCCUGAGGAGGCUCGAUCGCCGCCGAGUCAGCACAACGGAGGCUUUGGCUCGAUGGCACUCGGCGGCAACGACGGUGAUCGUCGCUUUGGUCUGGGAAGCUCGGCCAUCAACGACGACGACCUCGCGGCGGAUCUCAACUCGCUGCAUCUCAACCUCGAGGCCCAUGCGGCCGUCGUCGGCGGACAGACGGCAUCUUCGACGUCACCUCGGAGUCCUGGUGGUCUGGGUCAUGUCGGAUCGAUGCCGGUCAACUUUCCUCCGAUGCGCUCGAUCCGGCAUUUCAGCGACGUUGAAUCGUCUCGCUCCCCUCCCGUUCAAUCCCCGGGCGUGGCGUCGUCGACACCGGCCGCGGUCAGCUCCAGCUCCGGCGACGACUCCUCCAGGGCGACGAAGGCCUUCUUCUUGCCCCAGCCUUCGGUGCCGACAACUUCGCUGUCCCCUUCGACCGCGCAACGAGUGACCUCGCGCUUCGAAUUUGGUGGCACGUCGCCUGGGAAAACGGCUAGCACCACCGGUCCCACGCAUCCAUUCGCCUCUGGUGCAUCCGAUCUCGUUCUUGGGGCCUUCCGGCCGCCCCCGACAAGUCAACCGACCAUGUCGCAGGCUCCUCCACAACAGCGCUCCGGGUUCAUGCCUGGCUUGAUGGGCCAGAUUCCACCACCGCCGCCCCCUCCCGGCGGUCCCGCUUCGGGAUACCCUGGGAUGUACGGUCAAGGGGCCCUGAAUUUCGGCAACUACGGUGCACUACCUCCUCCCCCACCUCCUUCGCAGAUGGCGAUGGGCCCGGGCGGUGGGAUGCCACAGCAAUCGGUACAGCACGGAUUUGGCGUCCCCCCACCCCAGUCAUUCUAUACUGGACAGGGACAGGGUCAGGGACUUGCACCGCGCCCUCGAGGCGGACCCCCUAACAACAGCGGAUCCCCACUGAGCGGCGCACCCCAAGGCACUCCAAAUGCGACGGGCAACACUGGGACCGGGAACAAAGGGUCGAACGGCGACUUGUCGCACCUCGGUCGCGGCAUCCCACUGCACAGCGUUCCGGCCAACGCGCCCUUGUACAUCGUCGAGUUCAAAGCCGGACGCAAGGACCUGUUCUUCGUUGACGACCCGAACCUGCAAUUACGCCAAGGCGAUCUGGUGAUUGUCGAGGCCGAUCGCGGCAAGGACAUUGGCAAGUUCUUCAAGCCUUGUUCGUUGGAUGAAGUCCAGGCGUUCCAGCAACGACUCGUCGAAAUGGCGCUGGGACAGCUUGCGCACAAUGGCGGCGGUGGCGGCGGUGGUGGGAUGGACCCGAGAGGACCUGGUGGGGCUGCGAACACGGGUGGACCACCCAACGCGGCCACGUUGGCAAGAAUGACGAAGGAAUUCGCACCCAAGCGGCUGUUUGGGAAAGCCAGUGCUUCGGACACGCACCAAUUGUUGAGCAAGGCGCAAGACGAGGUCAAGGCUUUGGCGUUGGUGAGGCAGAAGGUGGCGCAAAGAAGUCAGUCCGAUGUACAAGCUGCUGGAGGUCAUCGCCAGAAGAAAUACUGACCCUGUCUUCGCUGAUGCAGGCCUUCCAAUGGAAGUCUUUGAUGCCGAGUGGCAAUGGGAUCGUCGCAAGUUGACGUUCUACUACACCGCCAACACUCGCGUCGAUUUCCGUGAACUCGUGAGAGAACUGUUCAGGGUCUACAAGACCCGUGUCUGGAUGUGAGUCGUAGGGCGCGACACGGCUGCGUUUCUGAUUGGGUACCCGUUGAACCUUGUUUUCGUCUUCCACAGGUGCUGCCUCGACGCAACUUCAUCCGAAGCGUGGAACUUUGCUUGA